GGGCUAUUCCUGGCGGAUUUCUUGGUGGUUUUCCUGGUUCUUUUCCUGGUGCUUUUCCUGUUCCUGGUUCCUUUCCUGGAGGUUUUCCUGGUUUUCCCUGAGCUUUUCCUGGUGCUUUUCCUGAUUUUUUUCUUAGAGGUUUUCCUGGUACUUUUCCUGGUGGUUCUCCUGAUCCUGGUGCUUUUCCGGCUUUUCCUGGUGGUUUUCCUGGAGCUUUUCCUGGUUUUCCCAGAGAUUUUCUUGAUGCUUUUCCUGGAGCUUUUCCCGGAGCGUUACCUGGUUCUUUUCCUGAUGGUUUUCCUGGCGGUUUUCCUGGAUAUUUUCCUGGCUGCCAGCAGAUCCUCCCUCUUCCCGCUGGCAGUUAUCGCCUGA